AUGGCAACAAGUGGUAAACAGCCUCGAUCCUCCUACUUCUCCCCAGUGGAGUUGGAAAUAUUAAUGACUGCGUAUGCAGAAACCAACAGAAAAAAGGCUGAGGCCCGCAAAACAGGUGGCGGUCCACCACCACCACCUCUCACAGAGGCUGAAAAGAUGGCCCUCAGUCAGAACAGUGGACGACCCAUUGCUGAGGGCAUCUCUGGGGGGAGUUCAUCGGACCCACCCACGCCCCAGGUCACAGGGGCCUACAUAAGAGUUACUGAUGGUGUAAUCUGUCUCGUUGAGCCUUCUGCCAUAACAGACCUCCAUGCUGUUGAGGAUGAUGAAGAAACCUUAUCAGCUGCCACAGAGAGGGAAGAUGCAGAGAGGCCUGCUGAAAGCCAUGCUGGAAAUUACAAUGGGGAAGAAGGUCCAUCAACCUCCACAGCACAGCUUACCUCACUCCCUGUGAAACAACUUUACAAGCUAUAUUUAGAAUCUCAAAUAAACAAAUCACACCUAGAAAUGGAGCACAUAAGGCUGCAGAUCACCAAAACAGAAAAGGAAAUACAACUGCUGGACCAUCAGUUAAAGGUGGGUGACGUGCCCACAGUGAGCCAAGUUGUAGUGUCGCUGUGGGCCAGGCUCAGGGUCAGGGUAAGGGGUCAGCAGAUAGCGCUGGCAGGGGUACCCUCUGUCUCCGAGUAG